AUGCAUCUCAUUCUUACUGGUGCCACGGGUCUUGUUGGGUCCAGCGUUCUAGAUGCUAUGCUCAAGUCUAAAGAGAUCACGAAGAUUUCAAUCCUGAGCAGAAGACCAGUGCCUCUUGCAGAGAAAAACUCAAAAGUCAAUACGAUAAUCCACAAAGACUUUUCAAACUAUGAGCCUCAAGUCCUUGAGCAGCUACAGGGCGCCAAUGGAGUGGUUUGGGCAUUGGGGAUCAGCCAGCUCAAAGUGACACCAGAAGAAUAUGUCACCAUCACCAGAGACUUCCCUCUCGCUGCUGUCAAGGCUCUAUCUACCAUAUCGCCGACAGAGGAACCCUUUCGGUUUGUCUAUGUUUCUGGUUAUGGCGCAAGUACAACCCCAACGAGGUUCACUCCUCUCUUUGGACGUGUAAAGGGAGAGGCCGAGACAAAGCUUUCUGAGUUACGGACAUCAAAGUUUCAUAUCGAGACUGUGCGUCCUUGCUUUGUAGACACUGCCAACCACGAUGUCAUCAAACCACACAUUCCCAAUCCAGGCAUGGUGCACAAUGCGCUAAGCGUCGUCUUUGGGCCCAUUAUACGGACGGUGAUUAGUUCUAUGCACAGUCCAACUGAACGACUUGGACCGUUUUUGACGGAGAUGGCGAUGGGAAAGUAUGACAAGCAGUUGGAUGCGGGUGGCCAAGGUAUCUUGAAUCUAAAUGGCUCGAGGAUAUUGGAGAAUGUAGCUUUCCAAAACCUGUAUAGACCUUGA